CGCGCUUCGCCAAAUCGCCAUUCCGCGCCCGUCUGUCAGCGCGCACGCGCGUCUCCGCGAUGUCAGUGUGAUCUGUGCUGUGUUUGUGUUUUUUUAAAUAUUCAUGUUACCAGCCAUGUAUACCCAAGAAGUUUUAAGCAAGAAAGAGUCGGACAUGUCGAAAAAUUUAGUGACGGGUGAAAUAGAAUACCGGCCGAAGAAGAAGCAAGGAUGCAUGAUAGCUUUGGUGGUGGCUGUGGGUGCGCUUGCGCUGUCUCUUGCUGUUUUGACGGUGGUGAGGGAGAUGCAGAUAUCGAGACUGAGGAGUGAGGUCGAUCAGCUGACUGUCAACAUGAUAGCUGUGACGGCGAACAUCAAAAGUCUUAAUCAGAAGGCGAACAGAGAUUUGAAUGAUUUUAAGACGCUGGAUGAUGAUACGAUUUACGCCGACGGAGAGGAAAGCCCCGUGUCCAAAGACUCGGCCAUGGGCAAACUGAAAGAAGUCACCGUGCUGGAGGACGAGACCGAUGACAUGGACGACGACGAGGACUACGAGGACGAGGAGAGCGGCUACUGGUACGAGGACUACGACAGGAGGCCUAAGAACGGCCGCACAAACAUGGUGCACCUGAAACAGGAAGAAUUGCUGGGGUCAGUUGUCACGCAGGGUCAGAAGCGGGCUUCCGACCAUCCGUCCAACAUUCACCAGAUUCACCGAAUGCUGAAUGGACUCGACUCACAAGUGACAGGCGCGCCUAAGGAGAGUGAUGAGUCCGCGGUGCGUGACAAGCGCAGUGUGUUCCCUGACUCCAACGCCAACGACGCCGUCAUCACGAAACCAGAAGACAGUCCCCGUCGUAAAAUGAAGAAGUACUCGAGCUCGGACUCGCCGAAGAUGUUCAACUUCCAGCACACGGUCUCGAGAACUGUACGGAACAGUAAUGACGAGGGCCGGCGGCCGUUCGUGGCGGCGCACUUCCACGGCAACACCAGCCAUCUCAACCCGGAGGUGCACGAGCAUUACAAAGGCAACGGCCUAAUCCGCGUGGCCCACGACGCCCCCCACAACGUGUGGUACCCCGCCCCCUGGACCAUGUCGUCCCCGCACCCGCGCCCCACGCUCACCAACAAGGGACACGUGCACGUGAGAGACACCGGCGUGUACCUCGUUUAUGUUCAGAUCUACUACCUGGAUACCCACGACAUAAUCUCCUGGGUGCUCCACCGCACCAACGCUGAGAUAGAAGGGAGGGAGACACUUCUCCAAUGCGCACAGUCGUCUCACUCCAGCGAACCCCUGGAGAAACCGAAUUCCUGCUUCUCUGCAGCCGCUUUAUUCUUAAAAGCGGGUGAUAGACUCGCCGUCCGGAAUACCGGAGGGGAUAGACACUCUCUGAUGGAGCCGGAAAAGAGUUUCAUCGGUCUUAUUAAACUGGCUGAUGCCAAUGAUCCGAAUGAAGAGUUAUAAGUUUUUUAGCUGUGUCUAUAUUAGGGCCGUUAUUUUUUGUCUGUACGCGGAAAAUAUUUGGUUAUGUCUAUUGUCUGAUUAUUACCACUUAUACACUGUACCUCUACUUGUAAUGAAGUCCGACCACGCUAAGUUUUCGUGCCAAUUGCUAGGUACGUCAAGUAUGGAACUUAUUGGGUUAUAUACGCAUUAUGCAUAAGAAUAACUGCAAAGUACAGCGUGGUCAGAGCCUGGUAUCUUCACAUCGAAGCGUGCGAAAAUAUCUGACUUAAACUUAUCUGUAGAGUUGUAAAAAGGCUAUUAAUCAUCUUGAAACAAUUCGCAUGCAGCUUUAGAUAGGUACAUUGCUAAGUAGGUUCAACAAAUUUAAUUGAUCAAUCAAAAGCCGAAAUGUAUAAAAACUCGCAUGCGAUUUGUUGUAACGUGAGUACAGGCUUUAAAUCUUGUGAUAUUGUUUGCAGGAUUUAGUGUACAAGAUACGUUUCAUGUGGUACGGUAAUUAGACAAAAUUAAUAUUUUCUGCCAAUGGCUUUCUAUGUUUAGUUAGUAUUAACUAUAUUUUGCAUGUUAGCUAUGCUAACUUAACCCGCCGGCCCGGAUGUUUUACUAUAGUGAUAAAGAUUUAUAUAUAGUCAAACAAGUGCCAUUGUUAUUUUUAGUAUGUCCGUUUUAAGACCGUCACACACGGAUUUUGAAUCUAAAUCCAAUUGUUUAUGGGCUCUGAUUAUUGUCUAUGCCAUAGAUAAUAGAUUCUAUGGAAGGGCCUACUGCAAAAAAUGAAAAUCGUUACUUAGAUUUUCGUAUUUCGCGGUAUGGCCUCUAAUAAUGAUGACCAAUGAAAAAACCACUGAUGAACCAAUUAUGGAAGGUGGAGGUAAGGAAUGGAAUCUCCAUGUACUAAAAAGUAUCAUCAAAAAACCUUAAAUAGGUGGCGCUACAAUAUCUAGAAUACCUGAAAAAAACACAUCAUAGACAGCGCACUUCACUCCGUCAAUAACGCCUAGAGGUUCUUAGCUACAGCACUACUCUGGCGAGAUUUGGAACUAUUAUUUAUAGCUGACAGCUGGACACUUUUGCAACAGUUCUACCAUAAGAGAUUUCAUUCCUUUUAAUUCCACACUCCAUAGAACCAAUGAUGAAGUGACGUUUUUUGUUUGACACUGACAGAUCGGUAUCGUACCGAUGUGACGUCGUAGAAGCUUUACUCUAAUCGGGCUGGUAGAUAUUCAGAUUCUGAAUUUAAAAUCCGUUUGUUCAGUGUUGUGCAAAAGGCACCGGCCUAGGUACAAAUAUCUAACAUGGAUCUGACAUCAUUCCAAUAUGAGACGGUUCCAAUCUCCUUUAGAGGAACUGCUGAAUUGCGCAUUAUGUGAACCUUCAACCAAAAACGUGACUUAUGACACUGACAGAUCAGUAUCAUAUCAAUAUCAUAUUGGAAUGAGAUUUAAUAAUUAAAACUCGAAUUAGCCUGUAUGUUUUAACAGUGAUGUUUUUUUUACAGAAUAAAAAUGUACUAAGUAAGUGGUAUUGUUUUCACUUAGUUUUUGAUACGUAUAUAUUUAUUUCGUAUCUUUCAUCAACCAACUUAUUGCCUUGCCCUAGAUUAUGUUUUUUGUAUAUCUAAAUGUAAUUAAUCAAAUGUGAAAUCAAAAGAUCUGUAAUGCCAUUGAUAUUAUAAGUACUAACUUUUAAUAUACUUAUUCGUAAUUUAUUUUAUUAUAAUACGAACGUAGCUAAGUUUAUGUUUUCGGUAUAUUUAGUUAUAAGGUGAUAAUACUGAUAAUGACGUUAUUGAUGUUUUUAAAUUGAAAGAAUAAAAACAUUUACGUGUA